CACAUUAUCGACAACUAUAAAAGGCCUGUCGAUGAAAUCCAUCAGCACUAGUGAUUUUGGACUCACAAGCUUUCUAGACUUGACUGAAUUCUUCCCUGAAAACUCUUAACAAAUAAGAUGCCUGCAUCUGGAAAGGUAAAUGUAUCUCUAGCUUGUAUAAACGUUAUUAUAUUCCUCAGAAAUAUUAUAUUUUUACUUUUUGACAGAGGUAACAGGUGCAAAGUUCUCUAUCAUAGGAAAAUUUGAAUCAGAUUUAACAGCCUUGGCAAAAUAAGAUCUUUUUUGAUCGAAACAGUAUGUAGAUGAUUUAUGACUGUGCUUCACAGAUGGUGAAAGAUAAAAUCAUAAAACAUAAAAGGUCGAUUGUCUUGAUGCUUUUCCAUUUUUAUUUGUGUUGGGUAGGGGCGGGGGGGAGGGGGGACUAUGUGACGUUGUUUAAAAGUACUUUCAAAGUUUAACACUGUUUUGUUUUAAGCGAACAGACCUGUAGAAGAAGAUUAACAAUUAACAACAACAACAACAACAAUACUAACCAAUUUAUAAAACGUUUUUCAGAAAAUUGUGCAAAGCGAAGAGCUCAGACGUGAGAUAGAUGGCUCUCUACGAAAAGAUGAUGACCAUGAAGGUAAAGGCUAAAUAUUCUUUUGGAUUUUGUUUACAGAAACAACUCAUCACAAUGAGCUCCGAUGCUGAAAGGAGGAAAACCAAAAAAAUGAAGUAAAACCCUGAAAUCUCUUUUUUCUUAUGGAGCCACGUACCAAAUUGAAACUAGCCUUGCAAAUGUGACACUUAGACCAUUUUCGCUUUCUUGUUUUAUUUUUUAUUAUUUUUUUAAAUCUAUUUUCUUUAUUUCACCUUUCAGCUAAGAUCCUGUGCAGGGAUUUCAAGAUCCAGGUGCUUCCUGCAGCCUUCUAUCUGAAUGAAAAUGUUAAUUUCAAACAGUCGGCUGCUUCAGGAAAAAUGAGCACACAAGGUUGUUGUUGCUGAGGAGUGCAGCAUCUAUGACUGUUGCAGUGUUGAUGUAAAAGAAUGAUUAAAUACUAUUCAAUAUGUUCAUUAAAUAUUGCCUAUGCUGUUAAAUUAUUGACAAAUAAACUGUAAGCUGUGAUUUAAGCCCUUAACAUUGAAAGUAAAAAAAAAAAACUUUUGUUUUUGAGUCUGACAGUUCAGAUGCAGUAUUGUUGUAAAUUAAGGUGCUCUUAUACUCAUAAUAA